CGGACACAACAACCGCUUGGAGAGAAAAGCGGUCACAGCUACAACAAAACCCGCAUUGGCACUGCCACUCUCAUUCCCAUUCCCAUUCCCAUGUCUAAAAAUAUAAACCCUAGUCGAACCUCUCCUUCUCUCUAGUCCAAUCCAAUUCUCGCGUCGUCGCCAUGCCUCUGCCGCAGCCCCGCCGCGUGGACCCGAAAAUCUGGCGCGCAUGUGCCGGCGCCGCCGUGAGAAUCCCCAAGCUGCAUUCUAGGGUUUACUACUUCCCGCAGGGCCACAUGGAGCACGCGUCUCCCUCACAUUCUCCCUCCCUCGAACCACUCCUGCGAUCCCUCCCCUUCGUUCCCUGCCACGUGUCCUCCAUCGAUUUGCUCGCCGAUCCCUACUCCGACGAGGUCUUCGCCAAACUCACUCUCACUCCCUUCCCUUUCCACCACAACAACGCAAACGACCACCAAAACGACCACCAGAGCGACGUCGUUUCAUUCUCCAAAAUCCUCACUCCCUCCGACGCCAACAACGGCGGCGGAUUCUCCGUUCCGCGAUACUGUGCCGACUCCAUCUUCCCUCCCCUCGAUUUCCGCGCCGACCCUCCCUACCAGUACCUCUCCAUCACCGACGUCCACGGCGUCGCGUGGCGGUUCCGCCACAUCUACCGCGGGACGCCGCGCCGGCACCUCUUCACCACCGGCUGGAGCAAGUUCGUCAACCACAAGAAGCUCGUCGCCGGCGACUCCGUCGUGUUCAUGCGGGACUCCGAGGGAAGGGUCUCCGUCGGGAUCCGCCGCGCGGCGCGGUUUGCGAUGAAGAGCGAGGCCGUCGAGGUGGAGGCGGCGGAAGGGGCGGGGUUUUCGCGGAGCACGACGGGGAGAGUGUCGCCCAAGGCGGUGGCUGCGGCGGCGGAGGCGGCGGCGCGGAACGAGCCGUUUGAGGUGGUGUAUUAUCCGAGGGCGGGUUUUGCUGAUUUUGUGGUGAGUGCUGAGGUUGUGGAUGAAGCGAUGAAGUACGCGUGGGUUGGUGGAACGAGAGUGAAGAUAGGAAUAGAGACCGAGGAUUCUUCCAGAAUGACGUGGUUUCAGGGGAUGGUUGCUUCUGCAUGUGCCACUGAUAAUGGACCUUGGCGCAUGCUUCAGGUUAUCUGGGAUGAACCUGAAGUCUUGCAAAAUGCAAAGCGGGUCAGUCCUUGGCAGGUUGAACUUGCUUCCCCCACACUUGCACUUCAUACAGUAUUUCCCCCUACAAAAAGGUUUAGAGCUGACCAGGGUUCUGGGCUGCUGGGUGAAAGAGAGGGAGACCCCUUUCCUAUGUCAGGGUUGUUCCCUAACUCAACAAUGGGACACCUGAAUAAAAAAAUGUUUUGUUAUGAUACUUUUCCUGCUGGCAUGCAGGGAGCCAGGCAUGAUCUAUUUUCUGCAACGAAUUUUUCCAACUUUUUAAAUGAUAACUCUUAUCUGUAUUUGGGUAGUAGUUCCUUGGUGAACAAUACGGUGCAAAGGUUGGAAACUGUGUCAACAGAGCUAAACAUUGGCAGUUCUCAAUCAGAUGACCUUUCACCACAUAGCCAGAGUAGUUUACAUUCCUCUUGCACAGAGUUUACUGGGACCCACAACAGCAACACUAAAGUUGGUUCUGGUUCAAUUCUGCUAUUUGGUAAGAUCAUACAUCCUGUUGAAUAUGAUUUGCAUGAUGCUGAUUGCGUGGAAGAAGGUGAUCGCAGCAAAGAAACUGAAGGCAGUGACAACCUUCUAGAAUAACAUUGACAUCUAAUGUCAACCCGCCUCACCAGUUGAGGCAGGCAAUUUGUGGGAGGUGUUACGAAGCAGAUAAGUACUUGUACAGGUUUAUGAUGGAGUGGUGGCUCUGACUUCUGACUAAAUUCUAGGCAAUCAAGGACGCAGGUAAACGGGAAGUUUUUUUACUCUUUUGGCUUUGUAGUGGUAAAGUAUUUGUUUCCGUAUUAUCUUUUGUUGGUCUUACUACAACUCAUGAUGAAACUAAACUAUAUGGUAUUCGAUCUAUUGUAUGAUAUUAAUAUCUGACAUAUUGCGUAUAUGAUCUUUUCCCCCCCUCGAAAAUGGGACAAUAGGAUUGAUGAUUCCUUGAUUGAAGUUUGGUUCAAAUGUCUGUAGU